AGUUCCCCUCCCCUCUUGCCGUUCCUGCUGCCGAUCGCCCUCAGGUCCCAUCUCCCCAAUUAAGCCCGCCGCUGCUCGCUUCAAAGCCAAAUCCGCAUCCACAAUGACCUCCGGACAGUCCCUCGACUCCAGCACCGACGUUCUCGUCGUCGUCGAUGUCCAAAACGACUUCCUGCCUGGCGGUGCCCUCGGUGUUCCCCUCGGUAAUGACAUCCUCCCCGGUCUCUACAAGUUCAUCCAGCAGGCCCGCGACCACAGCAUCCCCGUCGCCGCCACCCGCGACUGGCAUCCCACCAACCACGUCUCCUUCAAGGCCCGCGAUGGUCCGUGGCCGCCGCACUGCGUCCGCGAAACCAAGGGCGCCGAGUUCCCCGAUGGCUUCCCUGUGUACAACAUCGGCUCGAAUCUGGCCAUCCUCAAGGGCACCACGGCCGACAAGGAUGCCUACUCGGGAUUCGAUGGCACCGACCUCGACGUCCAGCUCAAGCAGCUCAACGUCCGCCGAGUCUUUGUCUGCGGCAUCGCAACUGAGUACUGUGUCCUCGCCACCGCCCAGGAUGCCCAUAAGCUCGGCUACGAGGUCUUUGUCCUUGAGGAUCUGAUCUCGGCCGUCGAGCCCGAGCGAACUGACGAAAUCCUGAGCGUCAUGCGUCAAGAGGGAAUCAAUAUCUUGAGCACCCAGGAUGCCCAGUUCCUCUAGUCUACGUCCGAUGGACCCUCGCCGAUACGGCACUCUAUUUAUGUUAGGCGACGCUUCCGAUCUGCCUGCGCAUGUUGCCCACUGCCCCAAGUCUACCUCUUCGCGCCAGUCGUGGAGCCACAUCCCAACAGGGUGAGCUGCCGGCGACCUGUCCUCUGCCGGAGUCUGCCCUUGGGUCGAUGGAGAUGAUGUUACGUAUGAGUUGGAUGUCGCCUGUCCUUGUAUGUAUUGCUGCAUUUUUCGCCUUUCCAGCACCGGCCCUCCUUUUGUUUUCCCUCUCUUUCACUUCGCCUCUCAGGAUCUCCCAUUUUUUCUUGUAUGUGUGUGUGUGCAGUCGCUUUGCUCGCUUUGCUCUCAAACCCCAAGUCCGCCGAAUGCUCCGGGGCUGCUGUGGGUCUCGGCUCUACCAUAGCUUCUCGCCCCAGUAAUAUAGUCUUCCCAAGGCUUGAGCCGCACCG